CCCAUUAGACCACCUGGACCCGCUGAGCUAUGAAGAUCUCCCUGGUAGGCCUUUGCAUCGUCACGCUGGUGCUGCUAAUGUGCUGCUUCGCCGUGGAAACAGAAGCCAAAGCAGCAAGGAAGUGUAAGCACCCUGCUAAGUUCAACCUGAAGCUUAAGAAAUGCGUUAGACCCAUCAGAAAGAGGAAGAUUACUGCAGCAGGAGCCACAACGGCGGCCGCGGCGGCCGCGGCAACAACGGCAGCUGCAGCGUAGAACGAUGUGCAUUUAAUGAUCCUGCAUGAAUAAAUAAAUGGAAAGGGGAUGAGCACAUUCCAA